ACAGCUUUUCAUCAUGUAUUGCAUUUCAUCUUGCAAAUUACAAAGCGUCAAAACACCGUUGCAAUACGAAUAUUGAAUCACAUCAAGUGGUUAAGACUUGUUGCGUUAUCCAUGGAUCGCUUUGUCGUGGUGAAGUUGUUGAUUUUUAUUGUUUUCCAACAAAGCGUCUUGAUUGAGGCAACAUCUUCACAAUACAACGUCGCUUACGUCUUCGGCGGUGAUGGUAUUUAUGUCAUUGAACCGGAAACUAAAAGCUUGGUCACCAAAAUAACCAACCUCACCUCUCCAGGACUUUGUACCAGAGGAAACAACCGCCGGUCAAGGAGCGAAUGUUCUUUUAGUGGUGGGCAAGUCGUUGACGGUUCUGUCUACGUCUUGGAUGCUUCCGGAAAUGCUGUUCACGUGAUUAAUGUGACGACGCGACAAGUAAUAGAAAGCAUAAAAACCGAUCCACAACCCUACGGUUUGUACUAUCUGCCUUGGCGCAAGGAAAUCUGGGUACAUUCGUGGAAUCUCUCUACAUUUGACGUCAUCAAGACAAACACCCGAAAUCGUUCCCAUCGUGCCAUACGAGCUCACAUUUCUCCAGGAUGGACACAUGGUCGAAUGAUUGCCGACAAAGCAUUGUUGGAAGGUCAACGUGGCUACGUCACUCACUUCAGUAAUCCGGGCAUUCAUAAGUUGAAUUUGGAAGGAAAAUCAUACGCGGGCUUCGUGAAUCUUACAACACAUGGAUGCACAGGCACAUACAGUAUUGCAUAUAACUUUUACAAUGAACGUGUGUACGUCGACUGUCGAUCUCGUUAUCGCAGCGUUUCCACACUUGAAAUCAACCCUUCCAAUGACACUGUAACUCGAACCUUCAGGUUUCCUGGCUACUCCUAUGUUUCGCCUAAUGGCAGAUUUCUCGUUACCACAUAUCGCAGUGGAAACAUCAGUCGAAUGAACAUCCUCUCUUUUUCUGGAUCAGAUUUCCAGCAUCACCCUCAACUCUUGAUCCCCGGAGGCGUGUCACGUGCGGUUUUUUACCCCAAGAAAACAAAUCCCGAUACCUACUAUGUAUUUGUCACGCUUGAUUACAUAAACAAAAUGGCGGUCGUCGAUUUGGAGCUGGCCGGAAGAAAUGAUAGCAGCCGUUGGAAAUAUAUCGAUGACGUGGAUCGUCUUGAGACAAGACGACACGGUGCUUCACGAAAAUUGUUUAUAAACGGAAAAUGGAUUAUUUCCCCUGCAUCGAAAUCGAAGACUGUCGUCAUCAUUGAUGCUGAGACCCAAAAGGUUCAUGGGAAAAUUGCAAACGUUAAUGAAGGAGAUUUGGCAGUCUGGGUCGAUGAUCCUAAUCAGAGAGUUUCUGGGUCAGGUAGUCCUAAAUCUUUCGUGGCGAUGAUUUGGUUUUGCAUACUCUACAGAUUUUUGUUUUAAAAAGUGGACAUGUCACAAUGCCAUUUUUGACGUCUGUCGUGUUUGGUAAAACACGACAACUUACAUAAUUAAAAUAUUAGAUAUAAUAGUCGAUAUAUGCAAUAAUUAAAUUAUCUAGACAUGUUAAGUGUACUGGUGUUCUCCGUUUCUUAAAUGAUGAAUGUAGACAAAUUUGAAAUCCA